UGGCGAAAAACAGUGGCUGGGGCCAAUGUAGUGAGAGAUUAAUUUUGAUGAGGGAGAGAGAGAAAAUGUAGUUUUGGUGUAAUUAGAAGUGAAGUAUGUGGUGGUAUUUAUAGAGAAAAUUUGAAAAAUAUAGUUGUUGGGUAAAAAAAAAUUGUCGGGGAGAAAAGAGCCGUUGGAGGCAAAAUUGGGGUUUGUGGAGAAAUUUUCGAAACUGAUCAACAAUUUGGUAGAUAAAAUAAUGAAAAAAAGAACAAAAAGUGGAGGGACGUGUGAGUGAAGUGAACGCACCCCUCUUUCCCUCCCCCGACUAGUUUUUUAUUUAUUUUGGCACUCUUUGUCAUUUUGUGAGCCAAAUUUGACCCCCAAACUCAUAAAGUUUUAGACUUCCCCUUUUUAGCACGGGCCAUUGCAGCCCAAAAGUGCUAAACUUUGGCACUUUAACCCUCCCAUUGUAGAUGGUCUUAUAGGUCUAUGUCUUCUUUUACUAGUAUCAGUAUGAUAAGUAUUAAGAGGAUGUGUCUUAGUCUCUUAGAUAAAAAGCAAAAUACACUUGUAUAGCCAUAACUUUCACGGUUUUGACAAAUAUAUCCAUAUCUAUUCAAAAACACGAAAUAGCCAAGAAAUUGGAUGGUCGUGUGACAAUUCUGUUAAUAACUUUAACGGUGUUUGAAACUCCGUCGGUUAGGUUAAUGUUAGGAUGACUAGGAUGCCAAAUCAUCGCACACGUCAGCGACAACUCAACCACACUUGCCACGUAAGUGCCAUGUCAUAUUUUAAUUUAAAAAUAAAUUAGUUCAUAAAUUAAUAACUAAUUUGAAAAACAUAAUUUUUUUGUCCUUUUCAAUAUCCAGUCUCCUCUCCCUCUCUCCUCUCCUUCGUCUUCCCCAUCUGUUCUCCGAUGGACUCCCACACCAUCUCUGAAACCGCCGCCGCAUCAAUCAACUUUACCACCACUGUCGCAUCAAUCGUCAUUUCCAACUAGCGACCAUCGCUCCCAACCAGCGACUACCCCCCCCCCCUCGUCUCCAAACAAAUCCCCUUCCCUGCAACAAAAAUCCCAAACCCAAAAAUACCCAAAAUCUCUAGAAAUACCCAACCCCUUCCGUCUCCGAUUCAGAUCUGCCUCACCGUCGCUGUUGUUGCAACGUCGACGCCUUCAGAUCUUUGUUCACGACGAUUAUUUAAUGAGAUCCAGCUUCUCAAUCUCCGUAUCCAGAACUUGCACUCUUUCCCUUAAUUUCUCAACUCGCACAGCCAGGCCCUUCAACUCCCCCUUCGCCGCAGCCCUCUCCGCCUUAAGCUCCUCGUACCGGCUCGCCUUCACCAUUUCCCCUAAUCGAACAAGCAUGAAGCCGCCGUUCAUCCCCAUCUGCUCUAACCCUCUCAACUUGCUCUCUCACAUCUUAAAAUCCCUACCUCAUCCCGCGGAGCCAACCACGGACGAAGCUGCCAUGAUGGAGCCUGCAAUGCUGGCCGUUUCUGCGAUCAUGCAUGCAAUGAUCUUACCAUAGAGGCCAUCGAGCAGGUGCAAAUAGGAACCCUGGCUGCGGCAGAGGUCAAGUUCAGAUUUCCAUUGGUUUUGUUGUUUUGGAGUGAAAGCAAAAUCCGCUCCAAUGGCUUCAAACAGGUGGCUUAAAGGGAAAAGAAAAGAGGAAAAAAUGGGUAGUUUAGGUUACGAUUUCUAGAGGUUGUGGAUAGCAUAGAAGGAAUUAGCGGAAGAAGAAGAAAUUGAUUUGUUCGAUCUCUUCCCCAGUUGCCCAAGUUGCUUUAUGAUUUUUUAUUUUAAUUUUUGAUCUCUUCCACAGUUGCCCAAGUUGCUUUAUGAUUUUUUUUUGUGUGUUAAUGGUGGGGAUAAUAAAUUGCCAACUCAGCAUCUUUCGUUAGUGCAGUCAUAACGUCUACUAACACCGUUACCAAAAUGGACGGAAUUGGCUAUUUUGGGUUUUCGAAUAGAUAUGAGUAUAUUUGUUAAAAACGUGAAAGUUAUGGCUAUAGAGUUGUAUUUUGCCUAUAUAAAAAGAAUUUGUAUUCCUUAUCUGAAAAGGAAAAGUAUUAUUUAAAGCCACGUUUUUUGGUGGUUUGGCUAUUUAGGGAUUAAUUAAUUUGUUUGGCUUAUUAUUGAUGGUAAUGUCCAACAUCGUGGAUACCAUCCAACCUCUAAUUGGAAGGUGUCAUACAAAAUCAUGGACACCAUCCAACCAUCCAUGUUAUGUUAUGGUGACCAUCUAGUCUCGUUACCAUCCAUGUAUGGUUUUCUUAGUCAACAUGGAUACCAUCCAAGUUGUUUGGUGUGUGAUUACCAUCCAAUUGUUCAUCCAUGGUACGAAGGGUUGAUGACCUAGUGACAGACAAAUCAAACCACAACAAGUCUCGUCAAAAUUUAUCUUUUCUCUCUAGAACAGUAAUCUAAACACUAGCACCAGGGACCCUCCACGAGGCUUAUCUGUUAGUUGUAGUCAGUAGUUGCGGAGCUCUCAAGGAAUCUCCAUAAGAGUAGAGGUAACAAUAACUAGAUCCUUUGAUUUAUGUAUCAAACACCCUCGUUCAAACAGUAAUUGAAGAGAUGUUAACCAAAUAAUAUCGUUUUUUGUUUUCUUGAACUGAGGGUGUAUUAAUCACGCGAAAAUUCCAAAAAGCAGUCACUUACCGUUUGUUACUCAGAUCCUUCCGUUAGCACCUAUUUUCCCUAUUUUCUCUUCGCCUGCACGAUCAGCUCAGGUACUGAUGUAUUUAUCUUCUAGUUAUAUAAAGUACAAAAGACUAAUAAUGAAUACAAGUAGAAUUCUCACAAAACUUCAAUACAUACAAAUACGUCAUUUUUUCUAGGGUAAGCUCAAACGGCAUAGUAUAAAGAGACUUAAAAAAAGAACCAACGAAACUAAAUGCGAUGGUUCAUAUGCAAUCGAACUAUCAAUAAAAUAAUCUGUCUUGCUCAUGCAUAAGCAGUUCUGUUAAAAUUCAAUGAAGUAAAAGACACGACACUGGCAAUUUUUUCCCCUCUAUAAGAGACAUGACACUAACUAGAAUCAAGAGAAAAAAUGAAUUUGUUCUUAAUUAUAUGAACAAUUGUACAUAAUAUAAAAAAAUUGUUAUAUGAACAAUUAACCGUAUGUUUGCGAAAAAUGAGCUUGAUAUAGCGGUAAUAUCACUAGUAUGAAACAUGCAAAUUCCAUAUUCGAAUCUUUUAAAUAGCACUCUAAAAACAAAAAAAGUAAACCUAUAUCAUUAUUAAAAUAACAAUUAAUUUGUAUAUGUUUCCAUCGUACGUGUUCCCGUAGUGAUGUGUAAGUGCAAAUGUGUAUUGUACCUCUCCUACGUUACACUUCAUGAUUAAUUAACUAAAAACUAAUGAGUCAAGUCCUUUCUAUUAUCAAACCACCACCAACAACGAUUACAAUAUUAUUAAUACAGAGUAGGUAGUGACAGUGAAUAUUCAAUUGCAUCAUACACGAUUAAUUAAUGCACGUAUGUAAA